AUGAGAUCAAGAAAAGUGAAUAGGCCUCAAGCCUCUCUGAUUAUGGCGUCUCUUGUGGUAGCCAUAUGUUUUGCUAACCAUGACAAGUAUAUAAUCCCUGCAAGGGGGGCCGGGGGUGGGGGUGGUCGCGGUGGUGGAGCACGAGCAACACCUGUAAAGCCACCAAAAUCCACCACCACGCCACCACCACCAAUAAUACCACCACCACCACCACCCUCCAUGCUUAGAAAAUCUAAACAACAAGAUCCCUCUACGACACAACAACCUCCAGUAACGGUACCACUACCUCCGUUACCAGUACCACUACCUCAAUUACCUAUACCUAUACCUAUACCUGUACCUAAACUACUAGCAACCAUUCUUGCAAAGACUCCACCGCCACCUCCUCCUAAGUCACCACCUCUUAAGUCACCCCCACCACCAUCCGCGACUCCCCCGCCACCACCAUCCACUACUCCACCGCCACCACCAUCCACCACUCCACCUCCACCACCAUCUUCCUAA